AUGGCGGAUGUGAUCUUCAUCCUCGACGCUUCGGACAGCGUAAAGAAGGCGUUUCCAGAGCAGGUGAAAUUAGUCGCCGAUAUCAUUGAUGAUCUGAAAGUUGCCCCGAAUGCUCAGCGCGUCGCUGCCAUCGAAUACAGCAGCGAAAACCUACAGAAAAUUUUGUUUCCGUUCGAUAAGUAUAUGACAUCUGCUGCAGUUAAAGGUGCUGUAGAAAGUAAGUGCAUUUUUCUAAAUCUGACAGUAAUUAUUUUUGAAUAUGAGGCGAAGAGUAGCCAUCGAUGGUUAUACACAGGAAUAAAGAGUUGAAA